AUGGCUGCUGAAUCUUGCUGCCCAAGCCGAUGUACUGGAGGAGUGGUGGUUCAUCCACAGGGUGUCACCGAACAGUCAUAUAUGGAAAGUGUUGUUACAUUUCUGCAAGAUGUUGUACCACAGGCCUACAGUGGCACAACUCCAACAGAAGAAAAAGAGAAAAUUGUAUGGGUCAGAUUUGAAAAUUCUGAUUUGAAUGAUACCUCAAGGAACGUGGAGUUGCAUGGGAUGCACAGCACUGGCAAUGAGCCUCCUUUGCUGCUCGUGAUUGGCUACAGUGAUGGGAUACAGAUAUGGAGCAUACCUAUUAGUGGCGAGGCUCAGGAACUCUACUCUAUCCGACACGGCCCUGUCCGAGUUGCCCGAGUCCUGCCAUCGCCUCAGAUUAGUUCUCAGAAGUGCAACAGCUUUGCUGAAAAGAGGCCUCUCCUUGCUGUGUGUAAAAGCCUUGGAUCUUCUGGUGCACAGCUGAAUCAUCAAAUUCUGCCCCACAAGAGGUUGUGA